AUAAUUUUGCUUAUUUUCAGUCCCAAUUCUUGAUUUUGAGGGUUUCCAGUCCCAAUUCUACCUUAAUCAUGGCUGGGCGAAAUCACAUCCCGGUGACGGGCUUAAACCUCCGCCCGGACUACCAUCCUCUCGAUGGAACCCCCCUUCUCCACCUCCAACGACGCCUUCCUCCGCCUGAGGUCCAUCUAAUUGAGGACCGCAUAGCCGCCCAGAGCCGUGAGAUCCGAACGCUCCUCCUCGACAAUCAGCGGCUGGCCGCCACCCGACUCUCCGCUACCGCCUCCUCUGUCAAGGCCGAGAGGGAUGCCCAGGUACGCGAGGUCUACGAGCGCUCCGUCAAAUUGGAAGUCGAGGCCCGGUGCAAUGAUGGGCUCCAGGCCGAGCUGGACCGGCUUCGGGUCGACAUUAAGGAACUCCGAGACGAACGUAAGGAGUUGGCGGAGCAGCUGAAGGAUGUUAAUGGCGAUAUUGCGAUUACUCGUUCAGAGUUGCAGCAACUGCCUGACCUCAAGGCUGAGAUCGGAACUAUGCGCAGGGAAAUCCAACGAGGAAGGGCUGCAGUUGAUUAUGAAAGACAGAUGCAGUUGAGAAACUUUGAGUUAAGUGAAGUGAUGGAGAAUCACAUGGUUUUUUUGGCUCAUGAAGCAGAAAAAUUACGUGUUGAACUUGCAAAUGUGGAGAAGAGGGCAAUGGCUGCUGCAGCAGCUGCCAAUCCAGGUCCUGGAUAUGCUAUACACCAGAAAAAUGUUGAAUCUGGAUAUAGCGGAAAUUUAUUGUCUGAUCCUUAUGCUGUUCAUCAGGGAAACUUUGAUACCAAUCACAAUUAUGUUCUCGGUGCAGUGGCUUAUGCGCCUCCUGGUCCAUAUGAUGUCCAAAGACAGCACAUAACAUAGUGUACUUCUUACCGAACCUUUCUGGCCACUUCUGCUUCGAACUCGCCUGAUCUUGUAUUUGGGGGUUGGGUAACUUGAUACUUGGCAAAAAUGAGUGAUUGAUUACAUACUGGUACGAGCAAGUAGUUCGGUACUUUUAGGUAUCAAGAGAUAAGUGGAAAUGGCUUCAGUUCUUCCAUUAAUUAUGUUAGUCAUAUUUCACUAUAUUUGUAUUUGUUUUC